GGAGGAGGAACACUCGGCUCAGACGCCCCUGCCCCGAGUUCAAUCUCCCACCAGCCUCCCUUCAGUCAACACUGCCGUAGCUCCACUCCUGGCGUGUCGUCUUGGUGUAGCCCCUGGAAGUUUCUCUGAGCUCCCCUUCUUUCUCGAGCCGCUUCACUGUGUUGCCGCGGCAGGCAGUAUGGGCGACCCCAAUGAGCAGGACUAUGAUCUGGACGACGUGGACGAGGAUGAGAUUCUGGCGGGACUGUCGGCGGAGGAGCUGAAGGAGCUUCAGAACGAGAUGGACGUUCUAGCGCCCGACGACAGGGUGCCGGUGGGCAUGAGGCAGAAGAACUCGGAACAGAGGCGGCCUGUCAAGGACGAGAGUGACCAUGACUCUGACGACUGUGAGGAUAUCGAUGAGGACAAGAUCCUGGCGGGUCUCUCUGCAGAGGAGCUGAAGGAGCUCCAGAAGGAGAUGGAUGUGAUCGCUCCAGACGAGCGCGUACCCGUGGGCAUGAGGCAGCGUGACCAGACCGAGAAGGCCCCCACGGGCAACUUCGACCGACGCUCCCUAGUGGACUACCUGUACUGGGAGAAGGAGUCCAAACGCAUGCUGGAGGAGGAGAGGGUGCCAGUUACUCUACUGCCCAGCGAGAAAAAGCUGCAAGAGGCCGCCGAGCAGAAGGAGAAGGAGCAGGAGGUGGUGGAGGAGGUGGUGGAGGUGGUGGAGGUCGAGGAGGAGGUACCAGAGGGAGUUGAGGAGGUGGAGUACAUCUACGAGGAGGUGGUGGAGGAGGUGGAGGCCGAGGAUGGGCAGGUGGGAGAGGAGGUGAUCGAGGAGGUGAUUGAGGAGAUCAUAGAGGAGGUGGUGGAGGUGAAACCAGAGCCAGAGAAGCCUCAGGAGGAGCAAAACAACCAACAAGCCACCUCGAAAAACAACAACAACCCAUUUUCCAUGUUGAUGGCUGAAAUCAAGGAUGCCACACAACAGCCCCCUGUGGAGGAGAAGAAAGAAGCAGAGGCCACUAAAGACCAGGCUGCCAAGCCCACACCCCCAAAGCAGCCUGUCGAGGAGAUGAAUUCGGAGGGCAGGUUCGAGAACUGGGUUCCCGAGAAAGAGGAACGUGUCAUCAACAAGCUGAAAAUCCCAAAGCUGGCCCUGCCUGGUGGGCUGGGCGGCGGUGGUGGUGGUGGUGGUGGUGGCGGCGGCGGAUUGAAGUUAACAUCCAGGCCCUCGGGCAACGAAACCAACCUGGACACCACACUGCACAAGGUCCGCAACAACAACCCGGCGGUGACGGACGUCAACCUGAACAACAUCGAGAACAUUCCCAAGGAGAUGCUGGUGGACUACGUGAACGCGAUGAAGAAGAACAAGCACGUCAAGACGUUCAGCAUCGCCAACACCGGCGCCGACGAGAACAUCGCCUUCUGCCUGGCCAACAUGUUGAGAGAAAACAAGAGCAUCACCACGCUCAACAUCGAGUCCAACUUCAUCACAGGCAAAGGCAUCGUCGCCAUCAUCCGCUGCCUGCAGUUCAACGAGACGCUCACCGAGCUGCGCUUCCACAACCAGCGGCACAUGCUGGGCCACCACACGGAGAUGGAGGUGUCGCGCCUGCUCAAGGCCAACAACACGCUGCUGAAGAUGGGCUACCACUUCGAGCUGCCGGGGCCCCGCAUGGUGGUGACCAACCUGCUGACGCGCAACCUGGACCGGCAGAGGCAGCAGCGGAACGAGGAGCAGAAGCUGAAGGACCUGCAGCAGCAGCGGGAGCUCAUGGAGAUGUACGAGACCAGCCUCAAACUGCCACCAGGCCUUGUGCAGAUGCUGGGGGCGUACAUGCCUCAGGAGGAGCUGCUGGCCCAGCUACAGAAGCACCACGAGAUGCAGCAACAACAGCAAGGGCAGAACGGACAAGGAGAGGAAGAGGAAGAAGAAGACGAGGAAGAGCAGCAGGCAGCCCAGUACUCAAGGAAACCCUCAUCAUCAUCAUCAUCAUCAUCGUCCUCACAACCUGGCCUGGUGAUGCCACAGCUGCGAAAGACCCACAAGGACCCCAGCGCAGGCCCAAAGCCCUCAGCCGCCGACGCGGGUCCCGGCAGCAUCAUCAAGGACGUGCACCUGAAGAAGACGCCCAAGAAGCGAGACCCCUUCCUGGACCAGUGCACGUCCGACGAGCCGGUCCGGACCAGCUUCCAGCUCCGGAGGGCCGCUCAGUGUCACAGGACUGCGGCGGUCAACAGGGAGCAAGCGCUGCAGGCGGACGAGCGGGCCAACCUGAAGGGCAUGCUAAAGACCCUGAAGCCCGUGCCGCGCCACCGCGUGCCCCCCAAGGUGGAGCUGACGCCACGCGACAAACUGCUGAACGAGAUCAAGCAGAGCAACGUGGCCUACCUGAAAGCGACACCCCUGCCCAAAGAGCUGGAGUCGUCAAAGACCACUCUGGCAAGUCUGCUCGAUCUAUGAAUUGGCUUAAACGGUGGAGACCAUACACUAACAUACUUCAAGCAGUUCUUCAUUGGCACAUCACUUGGAGUUUUGUUGUAAAUUCUGUGAAAUGCCUCUACAGUUCAAGUGAAAAGCUCCCCUUGUGUACCCUUGUGGCUUCUUAUCAAGAGCAUGGAUGUCUAUGCCAGCUGGCAAAUAAAAUAAAAAAAAACUGUUUUGCGAUAAUGACAUUCAGCCACUUGGGUAAUACCCUCAGUCAUCUGUAGUAGGCCUGUGUUCAGAAGAAAUGUCUGGACAGCUUUGUGAGGGAGGCAGAAGCUAAAGUAAUACUUAAUUAUAGAAGAUGCAGUGGUAACACAAGUCCUUUAUAAACAUGAAGGGACGCUUGCCAAAGAUAUUUAUGUUACUUACAUUGUAAAACACUGCAGGCCAGUUAAACAUACAAAACUAAGUUGCCCUGCUGCCCUGCUGAAUGUUAACUCAAUUUGAGACUUUGAUUUCUCAGUUGACACAAAUAUAAGCCUCAGGUUGAGUUAACUUACAAACUAAAGGCAGCAGGACAACUUACUUUUUUAAAACUUUAACUGCCUUGUAAUAUUUUACAGUGUUAAUUCAUCUUUAUGACUUGGCAUUGACUGUCACUGUGCUGUGCAAUGUCUGCAUCCCCAAAAGUAUUACACUCACAUCUUCAAAUGAAGAAAAACCACAUUUUGCUCAUUAUCUUGUAUGCCAGUCCAGCUGACAGUUUGGAAGAAACCCCAAACAAUUCAUAGCAUAGCAUAGCAUAGGUAGACACACAUUCUGAUCUUCUAAACUUUGAUAAUAACAUCCUGAUUUAAAAAAACAAAACACUUUGGCUAUUACUGUACAUGUUACAUAUCUCAAUCUCAAUUAAGGCCUUCGUCUGCACAUGUAGAUUAUGGAAGUUGAUAUUGUUGUUGUUGUUUUUUUAUUAUGUUGUGUUGUGAAGUUGUGAUUCUUGUUGUGCGCUUUCGUUGCAAUGUUUGUUUUGUAUUUAUUAUCCCGUCAUAAUAAAAUGAACUUAAUUUA